UGAUAAGGUCUAUCAGCUGACCCUUCUACAAUUUAAAAAACAAACUGUCGCUUUUUUGCUCCCUUGAUGUUUAUGUUAUAGAAAAUAUAAAUAAUUAUUUGUAUAUUUAAUAUAAAUUUUAACUUUGUAAAAAAUGUCCAAAACUGUAUGUGUGUUAUCUAGAACUUCAAAGAAACUAAUCGCUAAAUUGGAAGAGCUGUUACCUUUAGUCAACUUCAUUGAUGUAUCAUUAACAGAUUUGACUCCACUAAAAACUUCAAAAGUAAUCCUAGCUGAUUAUGACCUAAUCGGACCUCAUUUAUACGAUCUCAAGCACACCCAAUGGGUACAAGGAACGUGGGCUGGGCUGGAUUUUUUGUGGCCUUUCAUAAAAAAAGAUGACCCACCAAAGUUUCCAAUUUUGCGUACAUCUGGAGAAAAUUUUGGUAGGCUGAUGGGAGAAUAUGUAUAUGCUAAUAUUGUGUUUCAAGAGCGUCAGUAUUUUAAGAUUAGAGAAAACCAGCAACGGAAAAUCUGGGACCGUGAUGUGUCUCCUCACGACUACCGAGGAAUGAACGACUUAAAAAUCGGUAUACUGGGGUUAGGAUCGAUAGGAAAUUAUAUAAGCAAAACUUUAAACCAACUGGGCGCCACAAUAUAUGGUCUGGGGCGCAGAGAGUCAAUUCCAUUAGAAACGGAUGAGUACAGGCAUGUAUCCACAUAUUUUUCUCAGCAGAACCUGUCAGGAUUAUUGGAGAGCGUAGAUUAUAUCGUAAAUGUAUUGCCGAAAACUGAGGAAACUAAUAAUUUAUUGGGCAAUGGCAUUUUGGAAAGAUGUAAAGGCAAAAACGUGAUAUUCAUUAAUAUCGGACGAGGAAAUAUAAUAAAGGAAUCAGAAUUGAUACACGCGUUAAAAGAAAAGUGGAUUUCUGGCGCAAUUUUGGAUGUAUUUGAAACCGAACCAUUACCAAAGGAAAGCCCCUUAUGGGAUUUUAAUAAUGUUUUCAUUACACCUCACGUAUCAGGCAACAGUAGAGCUCAAGACGUGGCCGAGAAAUUUAGGACUAAUUAUGAAAAUUACGUAAAGGGACUACCAUUUAUUAAUCAGAUAGAUUUCGAAAAAGGAUAUUAGCACACAUAGGCACUUUAAUGAUUUUAAGAAGGAACCAAACAAUUUAAAAUUAUAUUUUAUGUAAAAUUUUACUUUAUUGUUUCCUGAAAAUAAGGCGAGAACUAGCAUAAAGUGGCUAUUUCAUCCUUACUAAAUCAAAAAAUAUUCAUCUGGUUGUUAGAACUGACAUGAGGGGAGAGAUAGUCACAUAAAAAUAAAUUUUAUCUUUUA